GCUGGCCGCGCGCGCGGAAUCCGGAUGUGAUGAAAACCGUUUGAGUUGAACUUUUCUUCAGCUAACUUCACUCACGAGACGCAUUCGCCUCAAAACUCUGCUGCUAACUGGAAAUGCUUUUUCCAGAAGAACUCUCUUUUCUCCUGAAAAGCAGGUGAAGUUCCGCCUCGGUGUUAUCAGUGAAAGCUGAAGCAGUGAAAGAGAUUUAUUUGGGCGGAGGAUGAGUAAACAGGAGGCACACUUGAAGUGAAGAAGUGAAGCAGUGGAGGUGACAUGUUGGAAAGGGUCGAGGGCUGAUACAAAAGGGUGGCUGUGUGUGUGUGUUUCGGGUGUGUACAGUAUCUCCACAAGAGGUCUGGCUCAUGUCCGCGGAGACAGUGUUACCUCCAGAGGGGCCUGUAGGUCCGGACAAGCACCAGCAUGAGACGAGUCUGCUGCUGGCUAACUCCCAAGACACAUGUCAAACUGAUGCUAACGGAUUGCCUGAUACCGCAGAGACGAGCACAACUCCAUCUUCCAGAGACUGCUGUGCUGAUGGGCAGGUGGGCGAGAACGGGGAGAGCUCCAGUCAUGGUGAACCGAUAAGAACCCAGCCUCAGCCAAGUGUUGGAGAGGCCACACGGCUGCACAAUGGCCUCCAUCCAGGCAUGAGCAAUGGUCAUAGAACUCCACCAGGAGCCACGCAGCCUGCAGCCUCUUCUGCGUCCUUCUCUGAGACGAGGAAACCGCCACCUCCUGUCUCUCAGCGUGUGCAGACAAAACUCCGCUCCAGCCUGUCCGUCAACAGUGACAGCAGCAGGAGGAGCAAAGGCAGUUCCACAGGCUCCCACAAACCUGGCUCUUCUCCAGAGGACUGUUGUGUGCACUGCAUCCUAGCCUGCCUGUUCUGUGAGUUCCUCACCCUGUGCAACAUGGUGGUGGCUCAGGCAUCAUGUGGCGCCUGUACAUCAGAGGCUUGCUGCUGCUGCUGCUGCGCAGACGACCUGGGAGACGACUGCAACUGCCCCUGCGACAUGGACUGCGGCAUUAUGGACGCCUGCUGCGAGUCCUCCGACUGUCUCGAGAUCUGCAUGGAGUGCUGUGGCAUCUGCUUUCCCACAUAAAAGCCCUGUUUGCCAGUAGAUAGCACAUGGAGACAGAGACAUCCUGUGUGUGAAAGUACAUGUGUGUGUUUGAAAGUAUGCAUGUAUCUACACACACUCUCAAGUGAAAAAUACAAGCAGAUGCUUUAUCAGUUUAAACUGACUAAAAAUGUUCUGUUUUAUAUUUGUGUAUGUAAAGGUUAUGACUGUCAGUUAUGCUAUUAUCUCUAACUACUUUACUAACUCUAACUCCAGAAUUGUUGGCAGCUUCAUGAGCAUGGGCAUAUAUUACUUUAUAAAAUAAACAUUACACACAAUUCAGAAUGAACUGGAGAAACUACUUACCUUUUCUCUAACAAAAAAAUAAUGAUAAUAUCUCUAAAAAUGUGGCAUAAUUUUUGACAACCCUAAUGAAUAUUUAAAACUAAUGCAAACAAAUUCUUAUCCCUGGAAAAAAAAAAUCUUGCUCCAGAAAUUUUCUUUGACAAAGUCUGUUUUUGUGAAUGAGGUUGUACAUGUUAUUUUUCAAAAAGCAAGAUUUACUAAGCAAACAUGCAAUGCCAUACUUUCAAAAAAUAAGUUUGUAAGUUUAUAAUGCAUACAUUUUUUAUGGAACUUAUGCUUCCAGUGCAGAAUCCAGGAGUGUGAAAACAAGCCCACAGUAAAAUAUGUUCUUAUGAAGAUUGAUAGAUUCAUGAAUCUCACUAAACACUAGGAUAUUAAAGUGCAAAACCUGGUUGUUGACUUGGCCAUAGAUGGAUCUUUCAGCAAGAUCAUGAGCCUAAAUAUACAUCCAAAUGGUUGCAGAAACACAAAAUUAGUGGAUUGCAUUGGACAUCUAAGUGUCCAGAUUUGAGCGCUGUUGAAAAUCUUUUGUCUGAAUUGAAGAGGGAAGUCCACAUGUACAAAUCUGGGAAUAUAAAGGAGCUUGAAAAGUUCUGCAUAGAGGAUUUUUAAAAAAUCCCAUUCGUUGUAUGUGUCAUUCAGAAUAUAUACAUAUAUAUAUAUAUAAUAUAAUAUAUAUAUAUAUUCAUUUUCAUGAAUCAUGUCAGUAAUUCUGGAGAUGUCCUUUUUUUGACAGUCUGUCAUUGGUGUUUCGUGUCUUACUCAGUUUAAACCAUGAUUACAUUACUGUAGAUUACAUUAGGGUAGGCUUUAAACUACUAUGCUCUAAAACAACACUGUAAUUUCCACAGGUUCGUGACUCUCUUAUACGGCAGAGGUCAAGGCUCUGUGCAUGUUUUAUGGGUAUUUUUUUAACUUACUCAACAAGCCUGGUUUUUUUUUAGUCGUCUGUUUGGUAAAGCUUUCUUUAAGCGUUGUCUACUGUAUCUUGAUUCAUUACAGGUCCAUAAUUUUGAGUGUGAUUAGAAGGUGUAAUAAGCAAUAAUGAAUUAUGACUCAAGUAUGAACAUAAAAAAACCCCAAUAUCAUACAGAAUAGGAUCUUCUGUGUAGACAGUCCUUUGUUUUAGGUUAGUUUAACAAGUCUUAAUCCCAUUCAUAUUCAUUUUUCUCCUUAUUUGGUAACCAGACAUGGUGUUUUCUCACACAGUCUUGGUGUUCGUUACUAUAGAAACUUUCUUUUUAACCUCUGCUAAUGUAAAAGCAUAGCACAUUCUUCUCUUAAAUACUGGACAUAUUAUUCAAAACAAUAUACAUUCCUGAACCAGCAUUUUUGAGAUUGGUUGUACGUGUAGUCAUUAAUCUAGAUGAAAUGAUUUAAUUGAUUUUCAUGUUACAUUUUAUUGUCAUAAUGGCCCUUAUUCAUUAAUGUUGCUUACAGUCAAAUCUGAUUGAAAAAGUAGUGCAUGCAGAUUCCAUCAGCAGUUUCCUUAUUCAUCGAUUUCAUCUUUGGUAUCUCAGUAUGAUCAGGCUCUCAUCUGGUCAGAGUGUGUGAAAAUGUGAGCGUUACACUUUACAAGUACUUGAUUUGCAGUUAAAUCAUCAAAAUGUACAUUAUCAAUAAUUAUAACAAUUAUAAUAAGUAGAAUAGUAUGAGUACAUUUGUGAUUAUGGGAACCUCGUACACAAAUAUAGGUAAUGGGGUUUAGUGUAGAAGCAUAAAUAAGGCAUAUGAGGGUAAAUUGAGGUAUGCAGCAUAUAAUGCAAAUUAAGGGACUAGUGCAUGGAAGCUUUAUUCCACACAUCUGAAGCUGAUUCAUCAUUUGUGCCAAGUCACCACUCAUUUUGAUGUCGUUCGUCAGUUUCCUGAAUCACUGAGACGCAAUCUCAGUCAUACGUCAUUCUGUGCACUGAAAUCUGUGCUCAUGUCUUCAUAACUUUGAUAAAUAAGGGCCAAUAUGUUGUAUUGAUACAUUUGGUACGACUUGUUUGUGUUUUUUUUGUGAAAACUGACUCAUCUCUGUUAAAUGUAAAAGACAUACUUGCUAAACUGCACUUUUCAAAGAGGGAUAGGAUUGGAAUUAGAAAAUAGCAAUGUUGGAUGCACUAAAAUGCGUUUUUUUUUUUAAUCUCAAGACUCUGAGAGCACAAACAAAACUCAGUAAAACUAACUUUUUAUGUUUUAGCUCUGAGUCACUGCAGGGUAAAUGUGUUUGUUAGAUAUAUGCCAAUUUGGUAAUUACAUUUUUUUUCCUGGAUACUUAAUGUAACGAGUGAUUCAUAACCCUAAAUUUACCAGUAGUUUGCUUGGUGUAUGAAACACUUGAAAUAACACAGCACUUCUUCAACAAACUGUAUCUGUAAAUGUUUAAAAUAAAAAAAACCACACACACACAAACAAACCCAUUUUUAUGGAUGCAGGUGCCAAAAUUUAUAUGACAAAAUGUGAAUACAUUUUUUCUUUUUUUAGUUUUUGCAUAUUUAUCCUUUCAUAUGUACAAGCAGGGUCCAGUUUUCCAGUACCGUUAUAAUGUCACAUUUUAACAUAAUAAUGUAUGUUAAGUUUUCUUUAUUAGAUUAUUCAAAGUGAUAUUGUUUGUCAGUAUUCAUUGUACUACAUUCUUUUGAAAAUCAUUCUCAGUUCUUUUAUCUUUCUCUCCCUGUAGUCAUCUUAAGUAAGAUUUUUACUGUAUGUAUGUCUUAGAAUAUAUGAAGCUUUGCUUGCUUUUUUGGACUAGAGAUGAUUUUUUUUUUUAGAAUAAAAGAAUUUGAAACCAAA